AUGGCUGCGCAAUAUAAGCACAGGUAUCAUUGGGGAAUGCUGCUGUUCGCUGCUUUCAUCUGCGGCUAUGGCUAUGGAGUCGACGGCUACGUUCGGUAUUUUUACAUCGGUUAUACUGCCCCCUGGUAUAGCAACCAUUCGCUCAUUUCUACGAUCACGACACACACAACUGAGAUCGAUGCAGCAUCCCACAUCAUUUUUGCCAGGUUCUCAGAUGUAUCUGGGAAACUGUCGUUGUUUAUAGCAGCUAUUGUGUUUUACGUGGUCGGGACUAUCAUACAGUCGCAAGGCCGUGACAUCCAGCUGGUUCGGUUUCAUGGAUUACAGGAUACGUUGGGAUCCGCCUAGCCUUAAUCCUCAUUCUUUCUGACUUCUCAUCUUUGAGAUGGGGACUACUAUAUCAGUCUGCACCACCAUUAUCAACACUUGGAUUACAGGAAUUACCAUAGGGCGCGCUAACCCGCAAUAAGAAUGGCCUUGGGGAAUUGAUAUGUGGUCUUAUAUCAUUCCUCUCACAUCGCUGCCAAUUUUCGGCUGUAUGGUGCACAUGAGGCCCUAGGCUAGUAAGACUGGACAAUGGGCAGCGUCGAAAGAUCAGAAAAGCUUGUUCCAGUUCCAUGGAUUUUUCGACUUCUUAGUGGAAUUAUUUGGGAAGCUGGACGUGGUCGGGAUACUUCUGAUGACUGUAUCGAUUGGGUGCAUGCUAGCUCCCAUCACACUGGCAGGUGGUGUGCAGUCGAAGUGGGAUAACCCACAUUUAAUUGGGCCACUAGUGCUUGGGGUCGUCUUGCUUCCCAUAUUUUUGUUUUGGGAGAGCAAAUGGGCAACAGAGCUGGUAGUUCCGUACAAACUUGUCAAAGACAGAAAUAUUGGGGUGCAGCAGGCUGCCAGUUUAUGAUAUAACUUGGCAGCAGGUUAUAUUCAGGUUGUAUUUACACCAUUUGCUGUGAAGGAAAGCGUGAGUUAAGCUGCGGUGAUUAACUCUCUAUCCAGCAUUGUCUCUACGGCCGCUUCAACCUUUUUCUCAUUAUGGAUUACAAGGUGCACGAAAUUGAAGGGCUACAUCAUUGGUGACUGUGGAAUAUGGAUGCUCACAAUGGGUCUUUUCCACUACAGAGGUGGCGAGUUCGCCAACUCCGGGAUCAUUGUAGCUAUGGUUAUUUGGGGGCUGGGCGAUACUUUGUUGAUUGAUCCUACAAAAUUUUCUAUUCAGUCAGCAACUUGCCAUAAAAAUAUGGCUACUGUAACUGCACUCAAUUAUACUAUCUACAACGUUGGAUUGGCUGCCGGUGGUGCAGUUUUUGGAGUCAACUGGGCACAAACUAUAUUCAGGGCCAUGUUUUCAAACCUGAGGAACAUUGACCAAGCGGUGGAAGCCUAUAGCUCACCUUUAACAUUCAUCUUGAAUUACGGCUCGGGAAUGGCUGAACGUGAAGCUUUUGUAAAGGCUUACAGCCAUGUCCAACAAUGUAAAACAAUUGUUGCUCUUGUAUUUACGGUUUUUUUGUUCGUCUUCGGAUUAUGCUUGAGGGAUUCCCCUUUAACCAACAAAGUUGGACAAGAAGACAUCGAAAACGGAGAUUAUGUUGACAAAAAGCACGACCUUCCUAUUAUUGACUGGUUUAGAAUUGGCUGGAAAGGUGCGAGUAAAAACGACUAG